UCUGCCAUAUUUAAAUUUUAUCCCGUAAGAUGUGGAUUCGAGCUGCUUGUAAAAGAUAUGGCUUUGAAUUGGUCCAUUUUCUUCGAUUUUUUUUCCAGUGUUCCAUUUCAUUCAUUUUUAUCAAAUUUAAGUCUGCAAUUACCGAUAGAUAUUGAAUCGAGCUAUUGUCAGAACUCAGAAGAAGGUACCUUCAUCUAUGAGGACUUGGGAGCACCUGAUGCGGCUCGUGGAGAUUGGGAUAUGUGGAUGGUGGCUAUAUUUCAAUCAUCUUUCAUGGAAUGGCAGAUCUUGCUAGUUAUGGGGCUGAAAGGGAUAUUGAGCAAAUCAAGUUUCAAGCUUUUCCCAACCAAUCAACUCAAGAUACGAUUUGCAGUUACUGCUUUGAAGAAAGGUACACAUCUAAUCAAGUAUGGUCGGAAGGGGAAGCCUAAAUUUUGCCCAUUCAGACUUUCUGCUGACGAAACAUCAUUAGUAUGGUAUUCACAUGGGGAGGAAAGACACUUGAAGUUAGAGACAGUGUCAAAGAUCAUCCCUGGACAGAGAACUGCUGUUUUUAGAAGAUAUUUACGUCCUGAAAAGGAUUAUUUGUCGUUCUCUCUAUUAUACAACAACGGUGAACGAACUCUUGAUUUGAUUUGCAAGGACCAAGUUGAGACAGAUGUGUGGGUUACAGGCCUCAAGGCACUGAUCUCAACUGGCCAAAGAAGACGUAAUAAGACUGACGCUCAUAGUGAAGGACUCUAUUCUGAUGAAGGUGGAGACCUGAAUCAAAAUAGUCCAAUCCAUCGUGCCUUUGGUGCCACACUGGGAAUCAAUUCUUCAAGUACACAUCGCAAUCUGAACACAAAGGCCAUAAUUGAUUUUUAUUCUCGCGAACCUUCAUUUACUGCGGCAAGAUCAGAUGUAGGGACAGACCGUUCAAAUAUGCUACUAAGAGGGGGAACAGGUGAUAAUUUACGGCAUAGUGUUUCAAGUGCUCCUAGCUCAUCUAGUCAGGGUUCUGGACCAGAUGACAUUGAAUCACUAGGUGAUGUUUACGUUUGGGGAGAGGUUUGGUGUGAUGGUUCUUUAAAAAAUGGUGUUGAUGGAGCUCCCAACUCUGGGUGUUCAAAAGCAGAUGUGCUGCUUCCAAAGCCCUUAGAAUGUAAUGUAGUUUUAGAUGUUCAUCAUAUUGCAUGCGGUGUCAGGCAUGCUGCUCUAGUUACAAGGCAAGGAGAAGUUUUCACUUGGGGUGAGGAAUCUGGGGGUCGGCUUGGCCAUGGGAUUGAUGCUGAUUCCAGCCAACCUCAACUUGUCGAGUCUUUGGCUCUUUGCAAUGCUGAUUUUGUUGCCUGUGGUGAGUAUCAUACUUGUGCUGUUACAGUUACAGGUGAGCUUUACACAUGGGGCGAUGGCACUCACAACGCUGGACUUCUUGGUCAUGGAAACGAUGUUAGUCAUUGGAUACCCAAGAGAGUUUUUGGUCCUUUGGAAGGACUACAAGUGACAUCUGUGGCUUGUGGUCCAUGGCAUUCAGCCUUGGCAACCUCCACUGGACAGCUAUUCACAUUUGGUGAUGGAACUUUUGGUGUCUUGGGCCAUGGUGAGAGAGAGAGUGUGGCCUACCCAAGGGAGGUUGAAUCAUUGAAAGGAUUAAAGACUUCCAAAGUUGCUUGUGGAGUGUGGCAUACAGCAGCUAUCGUGGAGGUUAUUGUGGCACAAUCAGGUGCAAAUGUUCUCUCUAGGAAAUUGUUCACUUGGGGAGACGGGGAUAAAAACCGUCUAGGCCAAGGAGACAAGGAUCCUCGCCUUGUCCCCACUUGUGUUCCCUCACUUAUUGAAUACAAUUUCCACCAACUAGCCUGUGGUCAUGAUCUUACUAUUGGCCUAACAACAUCUGGACAUGUUUUCACAAUGGGAAGCACUGUUUAUGGCCAGCUUGGUAAUCCUCAGUCUGAUGGGAAAUUACCUUGCUUAGUGCAAGACAGAUUGGUGGGUGAAUUAGUUGAAGAAAUUGCUUGUGGGUCAUAUCAUGUUGCAGUUUUGACUUCAAGAAGUGAAUUAUUCACAUGGGGUAAGGGAGCAAAUGGGAGACUCGGGCAUGGAGAUGUUGAAGAUAGGAAGACACCUACACUUGUUGAAGCUUUAAAAGACAGGCAUGUCAAGAGUAUUACCUGUGGGUCAAAUUUCACAGCGACAAUUUGUCUUCACAAGUGGGUUUCAGGUACUGAUCAAUCUCUAUGCACAGGAUGCCGACAAGCAUUUGGGUUUACUAGGAAGAGACAUAAUUGCUAUAAUUGUGGACUGGUUCACUGCCAUGCAUGUAGUUCUAAGAAAGCUCUGAGAGCCGCAUUAGCUCCAAACCCUGGCAAGCCACAUCGUGUAUGUGAUACCUGUUAUUCAAAACUUAAGAAAGCAUCGGAAGCUAGUAGCUCAUUUAGUGUUGAUAGAAAAACAAACAUUUUUCGGCGCUCAAUUGACCAAAAAGACAGGACAGACAGGGGGGAGGUUAAAUCCUCAAAGAUUAUACUACCCCGUAGCUUUGAACCUGCCAAGUCUCUUGAAGUGAAAUCGAUUAAAUCAGGGAAGAAACCUGAUUCUCUUUCUCUGAUUCGAACUUCCCCGAUCCCUUCCUUAUUGCAGUUGAAGGAUCUUUCAUUUUCAAUUGGGGUGAAUUCACCAGUUGCGAAGUCAACUGCUAGCCCAAUUCAACAGCCCGUGAUUAUUCCAAGGUCAGCAUCACCCUUAAGGAGGCCGAGUCCUCCUCGUUCGGUGACACCUUUUCCAACAAUAGGAGGCCUUUCAGCAUCAAAAAACACCGCUGAAGGCCUUAAGAAAAAAAAUGAACUUUUGAACCAAGAAGUGUCAAAGUUGCAAGCACAGGUCAAGACUCUAAAACUGCAGAUUGAAGUUCGUGAUGAGAAGAUGCAGAAAUCGGUUAGGGAAGCUCAAGCAUUAGCUGCAGAGGAAACCACAAAGUGUAAUGCUGCAAAGGAAGUCAUUAAGUCCCUAAUUUCUCAGUUGAAAGACUUGGCAGAGAAAUUGCCUCCUGGCAUAUAUGACACCAGCAACCUAUGUACUUUGAUGGACUUACCAAAUGGAGACAUAUUAGGUGGCAAUCAUGAGCCUGCAACUCCUGAUGCUAUUCAUGGAGAAUCCUCUGAAGGAAGACCUUCUGUAGAUUCUUCUUCCCCUAUGGCAGUUGACUCUAUUGAACUUUACCAGCAAAAUUUAAUUGAUAACCCAAUGGAGAAUAAUGAAGAGAGAAAUGAGAAUCAACAUCUUGAUGACAAUCAAGAUCAAAAGAUGGAUGAAUCAAGUGAAAUUGUAACCAAUGAUACUGAUCCAAUCCCACCAAAUGGUGGUGAAGGUGAGAUUGCUAGUAGUGCGACACCAGCUGAUUCAGAGGACAAAGAGACUGAGGCUCAAGGGAGCAAGGUUAAGGAUUCAACUCAAAAAACUGAGCAGUUCGAACCUGGUGUAUACAUUACUUUCGUACUAUCAGAGGAUGGCACUAAAAUAUUCAAACGAGUGAGAUUCAGCAAGAAAAGGUUUGCAGAGAGGCAGGCAGAGGUCUGGUGGUCAGCUAACCAUAACAGGGUGUUUGAGAAGUAUAAAACACGCUAAUGCCGAUGAAGUUUGAGCAUGCAAUGGAAGAUGAAGAGGCUAGGUCUUCUAAAGUUAAAGAGAGAGAUCAUCCAUCUUUAGAAUACCCAUUAAGAUCUGGUAAAAAAAAGCUAUAUGACCUAAUCUUCAGUUUGGGUUUUGAGAAGCUUCCUUCUAUUUCACUAGAAGCACGUUGCUUCUUUUCCUAGCAUAAGUCAGAGAAUUGAUUGGUCUUUCUUCAGCAUAAUGAAGAACGGAGUAGAAGAUUUAUCAUGGCAGUUUGCUCUUGUUUAUGUGAAAAACUUAGUAAGUGUUGAUUUACAUGGGGCAAAGCCUAACUGUAACAUAUGAGAGAGAGAGAGAGAGAGAGAGAGAGAGAGAGUAUUUAAUUUUCUAGUUUUUAUUGA